AAUAAUUAAUUUAAAAAAAGAUUAGAUACUGUGAUUAUGAGUUAAAAAUCAAAUAUUUUACAAAAAUGUGAUAUCUUCGGAUCUCCAUUCUAUCAAAAAGUGAAUUAAGAUGACUAUAAAAAGAAAACAGCAUUAGGAGGAUUUUUUUCAAUUAUGCUAAUUUUAUUUACUAUUUCUUAUUUACUUUACUUGAUUAUUUAAAUAGACUCUGGAUAAAUCCCUCCUAGUUUUAUUUAAUAUGAUGAAAAUACGAUUGAUGGUACAAAAUAUGAACUUUUGUCAAAUAAAUUUAAAUUGUAUAUGACUAAAUAACUAUCUAAUAUUGAGUAAGAAAGAAAAUUAUAAUUUUUUGAUAUUACUUUAUAAUAGGAAGAUAUAUAAAGUGGAUAAAAAAUUACACUAAACUCAUACUUUAGUCAUGAUAAUGUCUUAAUGUUUGGAGAAUCUGAUCCCAUAAAUCUUCAACUUAAAAGUAACGCUACUUACUCUUUAUAUGGAACUUGUAUAUCUAUUUAUAUUUCGAAAUGCUCUGGAAAUCUACUAAGAAAUAAAAAUUUUAGAUGCGCUACAUAAGAUGAAAUAAAUGAAUAUAUAAUUAACUCUGAAUAAGGAUUAGUUAUGCAAUUACGUAUAUAAGAAGACAACUUUUCCAUAAAAAAAUAAGAGAAAUUUUAAACACUCUUAAGUGCAAAUAUAUUUUUUAAUACUAAAUUUUAAACUUUCAGUUUAUUAAAAGCAAGUUUACAAGAAGUUAAUAUUUAAAAAGGAUUACUUUUUCAAUCAAACUAGUAACAUAGGCAAAUUUAUUAAUUGGAAUAAUAGAAUUUAAAUAAUUAAAAUAGUAAAUAGGCUAUGGAUAAUUAUGCAGAAUUUGCUAUUUAUUUAGAUAACUAAGUUAGAAUUAUUUAGAUGGAAUAUACUAAAAUACCUUAAAUUUGGGCUCAAGUAUGGGCUAUAGCAUCUCUGUUAUACCUAUCUAGACAUAUAUUCUAGCCUAUUGCCUUAACAUCUCUCGCAUAGGAUUUUUUAAGUAUAUAACUCAAAUAUUAUUACAAAAAAACAGCAAUAAGAUUAACUUAAGAAAAUGGUAUACCAAAAUAAAAUUAAUCUUACCAAGAUGUUCACUAAUAAGCUGAAUUUAUUGCAAAAUAAAAUGAAGACAUUUAAAGCAAUAAAAAUUAUUUCGAAAUCUCUCGAUACUAAAAAUGGAAGACAUUUUUGUUACCUAAAAUUUGUUUAAAAAAGAAGAAAGUAAAUAAUCAAAAUUAGUAGAUUUUAAAUCUUUUGAGAAAAUAAACAAACAAAGAUUUAUGCUUUUUUGAGAUGCAAAAGGAAUUUUUAAGAUUGAAAACAGCAAUAAAAUUAUUGUUAACACCUGAGUAAUAUGCAGCAAUUCAUAUGUGUGGUUGCGAUUUAUUAGAUGGUGAAUCAAAACUUGAUUUAGAGUAAGGCUAGAUUUCAUCAAAGAAAGAUUCUUAAUUUAAUUAAAUCGAAGACAAAAUUGAAGAAAAUUCAAAUAUAAGCUCUUCUGAUAUUUAAACUCCUAUUAAUAGUUAUUAACUUGAUAAAAAUAUUAUUUAACCAAGUAGUGAAAAAGUUUAAAAUCAUUUAGAGUUAAUGGAAAAAGUGGAUAUAGAUUCUGAUUACAGAAAAAGCUGUUUAGAGAAGUUUUUAAGCGAAAAUUAAUAAAUAAAUUAAAGUGAAUAGGUAUUACUCAAUCAAAGAAUACGUAAUUGUAUAGUAGGUAUUUAAAGUGAUAAUUUAAAUACCAUAAAUUAGGUAAAUUAAGAUUAAUAUACAUAUAUUGAAUAUAAUAGCAUAUCUAACAAUUAAUAAAGUAUUGUUGCUGCUUCAUGA